UUAAGAAUUAUCAUUUUGGAGUUAGAAAUUUUACUUCAUUUUCUAUAUAAAAUAAAUAAGGCUAAGGGUUGAUUUUAUCCGGUUUUUCAAUAAAUUUUUGUUAAGUAUCGCAGUUCUUUAAUUUCGGUGCGUAAUUCAAGUUGUUCACACAGUGCUCGAGUUAGUGCCAUUUUUAUAUGAUAUCAAAAUGAGCACUAAGCAGUGUGCAAGGUGCGAAAAAGUUGUGUAUCCAACAGAGGAGCUGAAGUGCCUAGAUAAGGUUUGGCACAAACUAUGCUUCAAAUGCAAGGACUGUGGGAUGGCUUUAAAUAUGAGAAAUUAUAAAGGUUUUAAUAAGGAACCUUACUGUGAGGCGCACAUUCCAAAAGCAAAGGCAACAACAAUGGCCGAAACUCCAGAAUUAAAACGAAUAGCUGAAAAUACCAAAUUACAGUCCAAUGUAAUCUACCAUGCUGAUUUUGAGAAAAGCAAGGGAAAAUGUACUCAAGUUGCGGAUGAUCCAGAAACAUUACGUAUAAAGCAAAAUUCCAAAAUUAUCAGUAAUGUGGCUUAUCAUGGUGAACUUCAGAGGAAAGCUGACAUGGAACAACGUCGUCAGCUUAAUGAAAAUGGAAAUGCAGAGCCUUCCAAAAACUCAACAACAGAAAAUACUGUUAAGAACAAUGCUGCAUCAAAUAAUUUACCACCAUAUAAUCCUCCGCCCCCUGUACAACCUGCUUCGGCUGUUAAAAUAGCCGAUUAUGAUCCUCAACACAUGGCGGGCCAGCAAUUUUCGAGUCCUUAUUCAUCUCGGAAUUCACGGACAUUAAUUUUUUCAUAUGCAGAUGUUGGAGGUACUGUGACAGAACCUGCUCCUUAUCAUCAUAUUGGGUCUGUUCACGAUAUGGAUCCUAUGAACCAUAACUACGGAUCAUUGGGCCGAGUAUACAGAGCUAUGUACGAUUAUGAAGCUCAAGAUGAAGAUGAGGUUAGCUUUCAAGAUGGCGACCUAAUCAUAAAUGUAAGCAGCAUCGAUCGGGGUUGGAUGACCGGCGAGGUGCAACGCACCGGUCAAGUUGGGAUGUUACCAGCAAACUAUGUUCAAUUAGCCAAUAUUUAAUUUUUGAAUAAUAAAAGAGUGUAUCGGCAGUAAAAGUUUGGUUAACCCAAAAUGAUAAGCUGUUAUGUUUUGAUAUGUCCGGAAUAAAGUGGGGUAUUUUUAUUCCAUUUUAAUCAAAGUUUGGACAAGACUUUUAUUUGGAGAUUAUACGGUCGCUAACAUUUUUGCUGCACAUAUUCAUUAUAUUGAUGUCGGAUAACCAGUGUAGAUUGUAUUGCCUGGUAACAGCAAUUGGGAUCUCUUCAGAACCUUAUUUAUCAUUGUUGUGAUAAUAGCUAAUUAAUAUAAAAAUUAAAUCCUAUUUCUUUUGUUACCUAGGUUUAAUAUGCCUAAGAAAUUUGUCCUGGAUUAUUGAAUUGCGAAUUAUUGUGAUGAAAUAUAUAACAGCUUAUCGUUACUUUGUGGAAAGUUUGUAGCCAGUACUGUCUCAUUUAAAUUUCCACAUGACAAUAAAAAACAUUGUAAAAAAACAACAGCACCGCAAAUAAUUGAAUUAACUGUCGGAGUUUAUUGUUUUGAAUUUUUUCCUUGUUCUAAGAUCAUGUUACCUAUGAAAAUUAUAUGGCUUAAUUAAUAAGACGACGCCACAACACAGAAACAUUUGAUACUAUCACUUACCUCAAAAAAUAGGUGGAGACGCGGGGACCAUAUUCUUAUGGCAUUCAUAAAUUUUUGCUUUGCAAACUUGUGCUUGCAUAAAGUGCUUUUUUGUAAAAGACCCAUAAAGAAAAACAAAAGUUUGUUAAAAAUUUGGGAAAAGAAAUGUUGUGAAGUCGUGUUUUUAAAUUUGCAAUUUUUUUUUCUUAGAUGAUUAGAAAACGUUUAGUAAAUACUUGCGAAAGCUUUGCAAUCAAUAAAAAGAGACUGUAUUUUACGGUGAAAUGUCAAAAUUAAGACUGGACCAUUGUGCCUUCGAAAGCAAAUAAUGCAUUUUUUGGAACAUUCCAUAGUAAAUUUGAUAUCAAACUUUGCGCAUAAAUAUUUAAUAUAGAUAAUUGCCAAUACUGCAAAUGGCAAAGUAACUAAAGCCUUCAUGUUUUGCACCCUAAGGGAAACAGAGGCUGUUUUAUUGAAUACAACAAAUUGGUGUAUAUGGCCUAAAUGUGAUUUUUUUAUAUGUUGACAUAUUAGAAAAUUUUUUGCCUAAAAAGCUGGUACUUAGGUAACUGUGUACUAUUUUUCUUUCUGUUGAAUAUUAUUGUUUCAUUGCCAUAUUACAUCAUUUAUAAAAAAUAAUGCAAAACGGAGCUGCAUUAUUAAAAUAUUUUCUACCACCUAAUGUUGUAUAGCUAUGGAUCACUAUGAAAUGAUAGUGAUAAAUUUUCCUUAAUGACUUAUGUACCUAUAGCAACCAAGUUGUAACCAAUAAUUGGAUUAUACAGGGUUUCAAAAAAAACAUUGCGCCCGCGCCCGGAUGGAAAUUCGUCGUAUAGAAAAAAGUGAAUAUAAACGUAGGUCCGGAAAUGCUUACUUGCCAAGACACGGGGUAUUAAAUAUGUUUUAAAAAAUGGUUUGUGAGAGAAUCUUUACGUCGUCAUUUUCAUUGUGAGCUAAGUGAAAUGGUUCAAAAAAUAAAUAUGUGUAAAAAUGUUUUGUCAAAAGUUGUAUUUUAUCAUAAGAAAUGACUUUGAAAAAUUUUAACAUAAUCGCUAAAAAAACUUAAGCUAUUGUAAAAAAGGAACUAAGAAUUUCGGGACCUACAUUUGUAUGAUAGUAUUUUCCUUUUUAUUUGGAAGACUUUUCAGCCGUAUAUUUUUUGAAACGCCCUGUAUAAGAGAAUGGAAAACCGUGCCUCUAGUAACUCUGCCUUAUAUGGUGCUAGUAACAUUUUACACGUAGGUCGAAAUAAUAUUUUUAUAGCCGUUUUAUUUUUGGAAGAAGAUUUAUAGUUCUAUUUCUUGACGCGGCUAUUACGAAUUUACGCGUUUUGGCAAUAUUUUGUAUAAUUUAUUUUUUUGUAACAAAAGAUUAUGGCAACAUGUAUUUUGUUUGCAACUUGACUUUUUUGUGUUUAUUGGGUCUAUCAUAAAGUAGUUGUAGCGGAUUUGACUUUAAGUAAGUAUAUAAUGAAAACAGUGUCAUUGCCAAAAUUGCUGUUCUUUAAUAUUUUCUUAUUGUAAUCUUUAUUUGCCCAGCAGCAUGUUUUUUGGAAAAUUCGAUUAAAAUGUGAAAUUACUGGGGUUCUAUACCUAUAUAUCCUUUAAUUAUCGUCAAGACAUGCAUGGUUUCAUGGAUGCACUAUCUAGCUAAUUAUUAUACGCUGAAUUAACUCGCUUUAUGUUGUACAUUUAUAGAAUGUAUUCUUUAUAUUUGUUUUUUUGUAAUAUUGAAUUUUUCACAAUGUUUAUUAAAACAUA